AGGUGGGAAGAAGGCGAGUGCAGCGGCCACUGCAGAGACCAGCCCCAGCCAUGGGGAGAGCUGCCCGGAAAUGGCUCGUCCCGCUGCUCUGUCUAGCAGUAACGGUCUGUCAGGCUCAGGACACCUGCCCAGAGGUGACGGUAGUAGGUCUCAACAAUACCAAGAAACUGACCAUUGUCCAAGGCUGCCCAGGAAUUCCAGGUGCUAUAGGAUCCAGAGGAAACCCAGGAAUUGCAGGAAAUAUAGGAGAACGGGGAAGUCAGGGGAUCCCUGGAAAGGCAGGACCAGUUGGCCCAAAAGGAGUAAAAGGUGCUGCUGGCCCCCCUGGACUGACAGGAAGUCAAGGAGCCCCGGGGGACCCUGGACCUGCUGGAAUACCCGGACUGACACAGCUGAUUAAAAUGAAGUAUCAGAAAGGACCAAAAAACUGCAAGGAGCUGUUAGCCAGAGGGAACCACAUGAGCGGCUGGUACACCAUCUACCCCCAAAAUUGUCACGCCAUGAAAGUGCUGUGUGACAUGGACACAGAUGGUGGAGGAUAUGGACGCUUUUCCGUGUUCCAGAAACGGGCGGACGGCUCCGUGGAUUUUUUCUGUGACUGGAAGUCGUACAAAAAUGGUUUUGGCAGCCUGCUUUCAGAUUUCUGGCUGGGGAAUGACAACAUCCACCUGUUGACGUCCCUUGGAACCAAUGAGCUUCGCAUUGAUCUAUGUGAUUUUGACGGCCACUAUGAAUAUGCCAAAUACUCGUCAUUCAAAAUUGCAGGAGAGGCUGACAACUAUCAGCUGAACCUUGGAGCCUUUGUUAAUGGCACGGCAGGGGAUUCCUUAACCGAACACAACGGCAUGAUGUUUACAACCAAAGACCAUGACAACGACUUGUCCAUCACUAACUGUGCUACAUUGUCUAAAGGGGCCUGGUGGUACAAGGAUUGUCAUAAAUCCAAUCUGAAUGGAUUAUACCUGAAAGGAGUCCAUGAAAGUUAUGUUGAUGGGGUGAACUGGUCUUCAGGGAAAGGGCAUAAGUACUCCUACAGGCUGUCCGAGAUGAAAAUUAGGCCUGUGUAGCCAGUUGAGGGGGGCAGUUACUAUAAUUAUACUAAACUCUUAUACAGCAGUUGUAGGCUUGUCACAAUGAAUGUUUAUCUGGAGAGGAGAUUAAAGAUCUUUUUUCUCCAUCAGCCACUAGGGGGCAGACAUUAUCACACACACUUAUCCAGCACUGUGCCAUAGGAAUAGAGCUGAUUUUAAAAAGAUAAAAAUAGUUUUGUGAGGAGAAAAAAUGGAUUUUCUAAGCUGUUUUCAUUUCAAAGGUUCUAAAUUAACCCGUUUUUGCUUUUGUGUUUUUAAAUUUCUGCAGAUUUUUUUAGAACCCUCUCCCUAAUAUGUAGCCUCACAACAUGUUGUUUUAUUUGCUCAUUUUUUUAAAAAACUGUGGUCGUUAUCACAAGAAUAUCUUCAACGAUUAUUGCGAAAAAAUAAAAAAUACAUGAUUUAU